AUGCCCUCUGUUUGUCACGCAGGACCCCUGGGAGGUGGUAUCGUCCCCGCCUUGGCCAAUGUUCAUGUUGCCCCGUGCAUUCAUUCUGCCACCCAAAAUGAUAUCACACCUGACCCCGCCGACUUUCUUUGGGUAUAUAAGUUAUUAAAUCCUCGAUACUUUCAUUAA